AUGUGGUACCACAUCUCCAAUGCCAACGAGUACCUCGUCGUGACCGGCGCCGGGGUCGACGAUGUCCGGAUCGUCAAGAAGGCGCUUGUCUAUCCAUGGCAACGCGUCGCUCGCAUCUCGGUCUCCCCGUUCGACUUUUCGCUCAACUUGCAAGCCAUGACGAUCGAGAAACUCCAAUUCGCUUUGCCGGCCGUCUUCACCAUCGGUCCGGACAACGAGCCGGACGCACUGAAGAAAUACGCGCUCCUGCUGAGCGGGAACCCUGACGGGUCCUCUCCCUCGCCCAAGAGAAAUGGCUUGACCAUCGUGCCGACGCAGAGAAGCCACGUCCAGGACAUUGUCAAGGGAAUCAUUGAGGGUGAGACGCGAGUCAUUGUCUCGAGUAUGACCAUGGAGGAAAUCUUCAAAGAGCGUCAGAUGUUCAAGGAGAAGGUCAUUGGCAACGUGCAGAAGGAGCUGGACCAAUUCGGCCUGCGGAUCUACAAUGCCAACGUCAAGGAACUCCAAGACACACCGGGGUCCGAGUACUUUGCAUUCCUGUCACGCAAGGCGCACGAAGGCGCGUCGAACCAGGCGCGGAUCGACGUGGCCGAGGCCCGCAUGCGAGGCGAGAUCGGCGAGGCGUCGAAGAAAGGGCACACGAAGCAAGAAAUCUCCAAGAUCGAGGCGGAGACGGCGGUGCUGGAGACGAAGCGCAAAGCCGACAAGGCGCAGGCCGACGCCGAGUUGACGAACCGCCAGACCGAGCUCGACAUGGGCAUCAAGAUGGCGCAGAUCCAAGCGCGACGGGCGGCCGAGGCGCGCGACGCUGAGCUGCAGCGCGAAGUCGAGACGAAGAAGGCGGCGACCGAGCUCGAGCGACUGCGUGCUCGAGACCUGGUGCGGGCCCAGAUCUCCAAGGAGACCGCGCUCCAGGAGGCCGACGCCGCCUUCUACCGCGAGUCCAAGGGUGCCGACGCCAAAGCGUACGCGGAGAAGCAGGAUGCCGAUGCCCAGCUGUUCAAGCAGCAGCGCCAGAUCCAGGCCAGUGUCGAGCGCCAGACCAAGGAGGCCGACGCCACCUUCCACGCCAAAAUGCGCGAGGCUGAGGCCACCCAGGCCCAGGCCCAGGCGUACAAGGCGCUCGCCGAGGCCUUUGGCGGGCCCCAGGGCUUGCUGACGUUCAUGAUGCUCAAGGAGAACACGUACGAGAAGCUCGCCCUCGCCAACGCAAAGGCCGUCCAGGGCUUGCAGCCCAAGAUCACCGUCUGGAAUACUGACGGCAACGGCAACGGCGGUGCUGCGGACGGCGCCAUCGCCCCGAUCAAGAACAUCAUGCAGUCCCUCCCGCCUCUCCUCACCACCAUUCAGGAACAGACCGGUAUCGCUCCGCCCAGCUGGCUGCUGCACAUGCCCAAAGACGACAGCCAUACGGUCAAUGGCAAUCUCGCCGUCGAGGAGAAGAAGAGGAUGCUUGCCGCUGUGGCGAAGUAA